AUGGACAUUCAUGCCCUGUUGUCGCCAGACGAUGGAGCGACGUCGAGCACAGGCGCAGGCGCAGGCGCAGGCGCAGGCGCAGGCGCAAGGGCCCCCGAAGCGUCGAGUGCUGCGACUCCUCCUGUCGUGCAAAGGCAGAGACGGCCCGCUGGUGGCAAACAAAAAACUCCAUCAGCAUUGAGCCAGGAAGUCCGCCGGUCGCCAGAAAGACACGCAUCGCCGCGCUCGGCAUACCGUCCAGCAGCGCCUUCCCAGACGCCGCCGCCGCGUGACUUCACCUCGAACGCCUUGUCGGACGCCGAGUCGCAGAGAGUGACGGAGCUCCUCAAUUUCCUAGCAGAGAAGGAGAACUCCUAUGCCUACGCCUAUCACGUCGAGCUGGUCAAUCUUCUCCACAAAGGUUUCCUUGCACACGUCGAUCCUCCUGCAGACAACGAACAUGCCGCGCCACGUGGUGAUCCUCGAAGCUUCGUCUUGCUCGCCGAGAUGCGCCAGGCUCGAGAAGCUAUGGACACGAGGUUCGCCGUCGGUGAAGCCAUCUGGCUCGACUGGCUUUCAGAUGAGAUGCUGCUGGCCACCUCAUCCGAUGAGCGCAUCGCCAUCACGGAGUUGUGCCAAAAGGCUGUUGCCGAUGAACCCGCCUCGGUGAAGCUAUGGCAGGCGUAUGCAAAUUGGGUCUCCACCAACUGCGCAGCGUGCCAUGCUCAUGAAGGUGGCAUGAACCCAAACUGGUCCAUCGAGGAUAAUGAGAUGGUCAAGGAGCUUUUCACUAUGGAUGUGCUCCUCAGUGUCCUUGAGCAAGCUGCUGCCGCAACGCAGUGGCGAGUCGACCAAAGCCAUGUCCUCUGGAAUAAAUACGCACACGUCUUCCAGGAACAGAUCUCACAACAUCCGACUGAGGCUGCUGACCUGAAAAGUCUCCACGAUCUCUUUUUGAGACGACUCAUGGUACCUCACAUCACCUGGGACGAAACACGGCAGCUGUACUGGCCUAUUCUUUCUCGAGACUUCGGAGAUAGGUGGGAAGCGCGUGUGGCAGAGGUCAACCAUAUGGCGGAAUCUGCCAAGACAGCCAUGGGUCUUCGAAAUGACAACGAAUCCAAGUUGCAGCGCGCCAUCGAAAGCGGCGAUCGUGAAGCUGUGCAUCACCAGUUCGUGAAAUACUUCAAAGACGAAAAGUUUCGCAAGCGUCGUACCAAUUUCGACUACGACAUGCGCUGUGCCCUGUUUGAGCGUGCGCUCCUGCACGAACCUACCAACACAGAGUGGUGGCUGGACUAUAUCGACUUCUUGAACACUUAUGAGCAGUCAGCUUCGCGAACCUUGUUGCCACUUAUGGAGCGAGCAACUCGGCACUGUCCUUGGUCGGGCGACUUAUGGGCUCGGCGAAUUCUGCGUGCUGAUGUCGAGCAAAAGCCAAGGGAGGAAAUCGAGAACACAAAGCAUCGCGCUACGAACUCCGGCCUUCUCGACGUCGGCGGAAUGGAAGAACUUGUCAAGAUGUUGCAGGAGUGGUGCAGCUAUCUGAGACGUCACGCUUUCGCAGUGAAUAGUACCGAGGACGAUGUCGAUACUGCUGAGGUUGGCAUCACAAUGGCGCUUGAAGACGUGCAAGAAGCUGGAAAGAAGAUUUACGGCCCCAAUUUUGACGGAGAUCCUUUGUUCCGUCUCGAGCAGAUUCAAAUCAAGUUCUACGCAGAGGCCCGACGCAUCCAAGAGGCAAGAGACAUCUACCAGCAUCUUGCGGCUCGUCACGGCAAUUCGUCUGACUUUUGGGCAAAGUACUACUAUUGGGAGAUCUGGUUGUGGGGCUACGAUCGAAUUCGUGAGACGCGGCGUGUCGAGACCGACGGCAAUGGCCCGAACCUGGCAACAGCAGUUGUUCAACAAGCUCUCCAGCAGCGGAACCUGGAUCACCCAGAAAGAGUCAUGGAGCUCUAUCUCAACCACUUCCAGCAACACGAGUCGAGCGUGCGACUGCAAGUGGCAUUGGCAGAGGCCCGUGAGUUUGCAAAUAAGAUUGCAGUGAAGCGCGCCAAGGAGGCCGAGGAAGCAGCCGCGCUCGCAGCUCAACAACAGGAGCAGCUCUUGGCCGCAGCGCAGGUCGAGGAAGAGGUCACUGGCGACAAGCGGAAGCGAGAGGAUGAGCCUCUUACGAACGGCGACAGCCACAAGAGAGCUCGAACCGAACUAGAGACCAUUGCAGAAAAGGAAGGCGCGGAACCGUCAGCCUCCGCAAGUGCACAGAUCAAGCGAGAUCGUGAGCACAACACCAUCACCUUGCGCAACUUGCCUGUCGAUGUGACCGAUUUCGAGAUCAAGAAGUUUUUCCGAGACGUCGGCAAUCCGCCUUCAAUCAACAUCGCCAAGGAGUCAGAUGCGCAAACUGCCUCCGCCACCGUCGAGUUCACGUCCCAAGAAGACGUGUUGGCCGCAAAGACACGAAAUGGCAAAGAGCUGCGUGGACGGGAAGUCAAGAUCCAAAGUGGCACGCUCAGCACGCUUUACGUCACGAACUAUCCGGACGUUUACGACGAAGAGAAGAUUCGAAGUCUCUUCAAGAGCUACGGCGACAUCGUCAGUGUCCGGUUUCCCUCACUCAAGUACAACUCCCGACGGCGGUUCUGCUAUGUCACGUUUCUCACUCCAGAGAUGGCCAAAGCUGCUGAGAAAGCCAUGCAUGAGACCAAGCUCGACUCGAUGCAUACCCUCACUGCCUUGAUCUCCAACCCAGAUGCAAAGAAGCAGCGAUCUGGUCCACAGGAUGAAGGCAGGGAAAUCGUGGUCAAGAACAUGGAUCGAGAAGCAAAAGAGAGCGAGAUAGGUGAGCACUUCGCACAAUUUGGUCAGAUUGAGAGGAUGAACCUCAUCAAAUUGGUGAACGGCAAACCCACGGGUACUGUAUUCAUUGUCUACCGCACACCACAAGACGCUGCGAAGGCGGUUGAGGAGAGCAAUGACAAGCCAUUCCGCGAGCGGGUGCUGAAAGUCGAGAUAGCUCAGCCCAAGGGCCGCACUGCUGCUCCGAGCGAGCGGGCCAGACACGAAGACAUCAUCAUCAAGAAAGCAGGAUCAGUCGAGCCAGCUGGCAAAGGCGAACGACGCGGAUCUGAUGUUUCAAUGGCAUCCUCGUCUCGUCCUGCCGACGACGAAGCAUACAAGACUGCCAGAGAGCGGAAGAUUGCCAUUUUCAACAUCCCGGACACAGUCAAUGACGCUCGCAUCCGAGCCGCCAUGGAGCACUACGGUCCAUUGACCAAGAUCCAGCUUCGCCGCGAGAAGGAAGGCGCGAUAGUCGAAUUUGCCGACCUUGCUGCUGCCAACAGAGUUCGUCUUGGCGUCGAUGUCUCAAGUCUUGGUCCGGAAGUCAGAACGGGUGAGGUCGGAGAGCUGCUCGCACGCCAGAGUAAGAAGAAGAAUGGCUCGAAAGCCUCCGGUUCUGCGCCUGCCACGUCAUCUUCGAGCAAGCCUGCUUUUGCACCUCCCCAACUUGGAGCUCGUGGUGGCCGAGGUGGCCGAAGAGGCGGACUUGGCUUCAAGCGUGCUGGCGGAUUUGCAAGCGCUCCUGCUGCUGCUGCUGCUGCUGCCUCCGGCGAGAAUGCCGAUGGAGGCAAGAAAAGCAAUGCGGAUUUCCGCAGCAUCUUCGCUGCUGGCAAGUAG